GACUUUAAUUCCCAUGCUUUCUUGGUGAUGCGUAAACAUUGUUUGGAUUUAUUGUAAUCUGAAUGAUAUGUAUAAAGCCAUAAUUUGUUAAUAAAUGAAUCGAUAUAGUUAAUUUAAGUUGAUGUGGACUUUCUUGAGGCAUUCAGAGGCAACUGUUCCGUUAUCUUGGUCAACGAGAAUGAUGAUUGCUCUUGGGGCAGCAAAAGGGCUUGCUUUCCUUCACAAUGCUGAGAGGCCCGUUAUCUAUCGGGACUUCAAAACCUCAAAUAUAUUAUUGGACUCCGAUUAUACAGCAAAGCUUUCUGAUUUUGGGCUUGCCAAAGCUGGGCCGCAAGGUGAUGAAACUCAUGUAUCAACUCGAGUAAUGGGGACCUAUGGUUAUGCAGCCCCUGAAUAUGUAAUGACUGGACACCUUACUGCCAGGAGCGAUGUGUACAGCUUCGGAGUUGUCCUUCUAGAGCUGUUAACCGGAAGGAAGUCUGUUGACAAGACGAGACCAAGCAAGGAGCAGAGCUUGGUGGAUUGGGCCCGGCCAAAGCUAAAUGACAAGAGAAAAAUGCUGCAAAUAAUUGACCCCAGAUUAGAGAAUCAAUACUCAGUAAGGGCAGCACAGAAAGCUUGCAGCUUAGCGUACUAUUGCCUUAGUCAGAACCCGAAAGCAAGACCCCUAAUGAGUGAUGUGGUUGAGACUUUAGAGCCUCUACAAAGCAAUGGUGGUGGGGCAAAAGAAGUUUCAACAUCAUCAUCAACCCCUACCCUGAUGCGUGGUGGCAGACCAUUUGCCUUGGGGGGGAUCCCAGAUUACCGGUUGCAUCACAGGUUUGCUGGCGCUGUUGGUGCUGGUUGUCGGUCUCCUAACCCAAAUUGUUCCCCAGGUGGCCCUGCUGCAUGCCGUGUUAGAUGAGAAAUAUGAUUUGUAUGUAUACCAUCUAGUGUGGGUUUCUUCGUUCACCCUUUAAACAUGGGUGCAUUUGAUGCUUUACACUUGAUGUACAUGGUAAAGGUAAUCCCAGCCUGUAUUGAUCGUGGCUGUAGCAAUUAUUUCAAUGUUGUGGUGUUCGUUUUCCAGUUAAAACUAUCUUGUGAAAAGCAAUUUACGCAGGUUUUUGUUUUGUUUUUCUUCCCAAAAUAUGGAUAAGCUAUUUACAGACAGACGAGUGUGGAUGGGAAAAGGUUGGUCUCACUCCAUUUUUA